AUGUCGUCUGUUACUGAAAAUGGAGAUGUUAUUGCUGGAAAACCAAAUGAAGAGAAAACAUACAAAAAGACUACAUCCUCAGCUAUUAAAGGUGCUAUCCAGCUGGGAAUAGGAUACACAGUAGGAAACCUUACAUCAAAACCAGACAGAGAUGUUCUAAUGCAAGACUUCUAUGUAGUGGAAAGUGUCUUUCUGCCAAGUGAAGGGAGCAAUCUUACCCCUGCUCAUCAUUACCCUGACUUCAGAUUUAAGACGUAUGCACCUUUUGCCUUCCGCUAUUUCAGAGAACUUUUUGGUAUCAAGCCUGACGAUUACUUGUACUCAGUCUGCAGUGAGCCUUUAAUUGAAUUGUCCAACCCAGGUGCCAGUGGGUCCUUAUUUUUUGUAACUAGUGAUGACGAGUUCAUCAUCAAAACAGUUCAACACAAAGAGGCUGAGUUUCUUCAGAAGCUCUUGCCGGGUUAUUAUAUGAAUCUGAACCAGAAUCCAAGGACUCUUCUUCCCAAGUUUUACGGGCUGUACUGCGUUCAGUCAGGAGGCAUUAAUAUUAGAAUUGUUGUAAUGAACAACGUUUUACCACGAGCCUUGAAAAUGCAUUUCACAUAUGACUUGAAAGGCUCGACAUACAAACGGAGAGCAUCAAGAAAAGAGAGGGAGAAGUCAAACCCUACAUUCAAAGACUUGGAUUUCUUACAAGACAUGCAUGAAGGAUUGUAUUUUGACUCUGAAACACACAGUGCACUAAUGAAAACACUACAGCGGGAUUGUCGAGUUCUAGAAAGUUUUAAGAUAAUGGAUUACAGUCUGCUACUGGGAAUCCACAUGCUGAAGAGUAACUUGAAGGAAAAAGAGGGAGAGAGUUCUCAGAGCACAUCAGACACAAAACGACCUGGAGGGCAGAAGGUUCUCUAUUCCACAGCUAUGGAGUCAAUACAGGGCCCUGGGAAGUCAGGGGACUCACUUAGCACAGAGACAACAAACACAAUGGGCGGUAUUCCAGCUAAAAGCCACAAAGGAGAAAAGCUGCUUCUAUUUAUGGGUAUUAUUGAUAUUCUCCAGUCUUACAGGUUAAUGAAGAAACUGGAACAUUCUUGGAAAGCUCUUGUUUAUGAUGGGGAUACUGUUUCAGUUCACCGACCAAGCUUUUAUGCGGACAGAUUUUUAAAGUUUAUGAGUACGAAAGUUUUCAGGAAAGUUCAAGCUUUAAAGUCUUCACCUUCAAAGAAACGGUGCAAUUCUAUCACAGCCCUAAAAGCAACUUCACAAGAAAUAGUAUGUGCAGUUAGCCAGGAGUGGAAGGAUGAGAAGCAUGGCAUUCUUGCUGAAGGACAAAGCUAUGCCAGCCUUGAUGAAGAAGUACUAGCUUCACGCCACCGGCCAGAUCUAGUGCCAAGCACUCCAUCUCUGUUUGAAGCAGCUUCAUUGGCAACCACAAUUUCUUGUUCUUCCUUGAAUGUAGAUGAGCGUUAUCAACAUGAUCAACCUAUACUUUAUUCUAGCAGUAAAGGGAUACCUUCGAGUUCAACAUUCACUUUAGAAGACAGUGCCAUCUAUUUGACUUCAGAACAGAGCACAAUGGAAAUGGAAAAUGAUAAUGCUUCAGUUUUGGAUGUCUACUUACCUGUCACAAGCAGGGUUCCUCAGGGAUCAAUACCAGGCCCCAUACCAUUCAGCAUCUUCAUAAAUAAUGCAGACAAUGGGACUGAAAGCACCCUCCCCAAGUCUGCUGAUGGCAUUAAACUGGGUGGUGAGGUGGACACAUCAGCCAUCUUCCAGACCCACCUGGACAAGCUGGAAGAGUGGGCUGGCAAGGACUGGGUGAAGUUUAACAAAGAGAAGUGUGAAGUCCUGCAUCUGGGAUGA